ACGUAUUAAAUUUUUAAAUAAAUUCCGAUUUAUGUAUGAAAUUUUCAUUACAUAUUUAUGAUUAUAUGUUCUAUUUUGUAAUGUAUAUAAUACUGAAUUAUGUAUGGGGCAUCGAAUGCGCGGAUUUGGAUAGAUUCCCAAAAGGAAACGAAUAUAUUAACAAACUCGUCCUGACUACCGCACUACCGGUGAUUAGAUUAGUUCGAGACUGAAAUUAGACUUUUAUUCUUCCAUGAAAUCGUACCGAAAAUUCAGAAACACCCACUUUGCAGAUUCAAAAUGACUGGGAAUCCAAUUUUUACGUUCGUUUGGUGCGGAAUUUUUGCCAGUUUACAACCCGUCCAGUCGUUUAUAAUGCCAAAUCGAUUAAAUAACUUCAACGAUGUAAAAAUCAACGAAACCUUCGAUUUCAUCGUGAUCGGCUCGGGCCCAUCGGGCUCUGUCAUAGCUAACAGACUGUCGGAAGUACCGGAAUGGAAGGUACUGCUUAUAGAAGCCGGUGGAAUCGCCCUGCCCAUCGUCGAAGCCCCUGGAAUAUGCUCAGCUUUCCAGUUCACCAACUACGAUUGGGGCUAUCGCACCCAACAGCAAGACGGUUUCUGCUCGGGUUGCAUAAACAAGACGUUGAAGUACGCUCACGGUAAAGCUUUAGGCGGAUCGACUAUCAUCAAUUUUAUGAUCCACGUGAGAGGCAACAGAAGAGACUACGAUAGAUGGGAGGCGAUGGGAAACCCGGGUUGGUCCUACGAGGAGGUCCUGCCGUAUUUCCUGAAAUCCGAGGAUGCUCAUUUGGACAAAAGCGAUCCGGGUUACCAUAACUCCGGGGGUUAUUUGAGCGUUACCGACGUCCCGUACAGGACGAAACUGGUCGAUUACGUCGUCCAGGCGGCGCAGGAAGCCGGUUAUCCUUACGUGGACUACAACGGAAAGGAGCAAAUGGGGGUUUCUUAUGUCCAAGCGCAUCUCAGGAACGGGAGGCGGUGCAGCGCCGAUAAGGCUUUCCUGCGGCCGGUGAUGGACAGGAAGAAUCUUAAAAUUUUGACCAACAGUCGCGUGGUGAAGAUACUCAUCGAUCCCGUUACUAAAGAAACUUACGGGGUGAAAUUCGCAAAGAGGAAAAAGUACUAUUACGCUUUCGCGAAGAAGGAAGUGAUAUCGAGCGCUGGAGGACUCAAUUCCCCGCAGCUUCUGAUGCUAUCCGGCGUGGGACCCAAGGAUCAUUUGGAAGAAUUAGAUAUUCCCGUUUUGGCUGAUUUGCCAGUAGGGAAAAAGAUGUACGAUCAUUCAACGUUUCUGGGAAUAUUGUUCGAAAUCAACCAGAAGAUUGUGUUCGUUUACGACGAAGUCAUCACGAGUAUCAAGGAAAUUACCGAUUUCGCAGUAUUAGGGAAAGGACAAAUCACGAGCAUCGGAGGAGUGGAAGCUUUGUUGUAUUUUAAAAGCAACGUUUCCACUGAUCCUGAUCCUCUUUAUCCCGACAUGGAGUUCAUCGUAUUAGGUGCGAGUAUAUCAGCAGACAACGGAGUUAUAAUGAGGAAGAUGUUUAACAUCCCCAUCGAAACUUAUAACAAAAUAUGGAAAAAAUACGAAACCACCCCAGCGUAUCAAAUUAUGCCGAUGUUGGUGCACCCUCGGUCCGUAGGAUAUAUAAAAUUAAAAUCGAAAAAUCCAUUCCACUGGCCGAAGAGCUACGCCAAUUUCUUCUCCGACCCGGAAAAUCACGAUAUCAAAACCUACAUAGCCGCCAUUAGGGAGAUGCAACGGUUGAACAGGACUCCCACCAUGCGAAAAUUGGGCGCCACUCUAAUUACCAUUCCGAUACCGGGUGAGUAGACACUCAAAUCACUUUUCGAUCUAGUGCGGUGCAAUCAAAGUCAGUCAAACAUCAAAUUCGAAUCGUAACGCACGCCCGCGCGUCGGCUUCCAAUUUUUUUCAUAAUUUUCCCUUUCGAUCGAUCGAAAACCAUGCCGAAGAGAGGCAGGAGCCACUGCGUAGAUCCCCCGGAUAAUGUCACCCCGCCGCCCGUGUAUUACCCCACGUACAACGAUUACGCCGUUUGUUUACCGCCCACUUGCCAGCCCGGCAGAGGCUGUUGUUACUAUUAUCCCCCGGGAUGCUGCUAGAAGACCCCAGAAAUUAUGAAAGAAGUUGGAGAGCGCGCUUCAUUUUAUCUUAAGAUGUAACCGAAAUAAACUCAUAUGCAACCGACUGACUUGUAGUUACGUAGGCUAGGAAACUCGAUAACUAAUCGCGAUUAGCUUGGUGAUAACGUUGCUAUUUACCAUAAAAGUCAAACCGUAAAAUUCAUUCGAAAAUCACCCAUCACAUUUCCAACUUAUUUUAUCAUCCGUUCAUCGAUAUGCCCAAAAGAGGUAGGAGCCAUUGCGUGGAUCCUCCGGAUCAAACCAGGCCGCCUCCUCUGCCCUGCCCGCCCCUGUACAAUCAGCUUUGCAUCACCUACGCCAUACCGCCUGCACCGGCGCCCUGCUUCCCCUGCUACGAACAUUUCUGCUACUAUUACGGGUGAGGGUGGAAGUUCGCGAGCAGAAGCGAUGGGAGUUUCGUAAAGUAGGUUGGAGAAUGAGCAUUAAGUAAACAAGCAUUAUUAUAAACAGUAACUUUUGUGAUAUUAAAAAUUGCUAAAGUA